GAUUCAAUAACUGAUUUUUUUAGUAUUUGCUUUAAUCUGAAAAGCAAAUCAUUUUAUUUAUUUUUUUCCGACAAAAUGUUCAAUAAAAUUGUUUUAUUACUUUCAUUUGCAUUAACGGUGACUUUUAGUCAAAACUUUAACCGCGAUUAUGUUGGGGUUGCCUUUUCGCCCUAUACUAAGCACUGGGUGGGCAAAACACUUCCGUAUUGGAACUCAUAUUCACUUCAGGAUAUAAAAGAUAUGCUAAAUGUAGUGAACGGCCGGUUUAGGAGUAUAGCGACAUAUGGUAUGGGAGUUGCCCCGUAUAAUGUCAACAAUAGAUGGGAUCAGACAGACUCAAACUGUUUGGUCGCACGUGCGGCCGCUUCCAUCAAUAGCGAUAAAAAACAAAACGCGUUACGUGUGGCUCAAGGUAUUAACCAAAAUGAAGACCAAAAUAUCCAGAACAAGGAGAUUGAUAAUGCAUUUUCAGCCGCACAGGACGCGAAUGGUAUUUAUGGAAACACUGUUUGGGGCCUAAUCUUUACUAAUGAAUAUUUUACAAAUGAAUUGACUGGAAAUCGUAUAUUAAAUUUGAUUAAAAGCCAUAAGAAUAGAGCAAAACAAAUGAAUCUAAAGGUUGGAACUCGUAUUCAUGUUUGCGGUCUUAUCCUUAAUAGCGGUUCAAUGCGCGACAUAUUAGCAAACAUUAUAAGAGAGUCUGAUUUUAUUAUGUGUAACGUCUAUCCCGACGCUAGUGUUGUGAACGCCGGAACUCAAAAAUCUGUUGAAGCCGUCGGCAAUGCUUUUAACAGUUAUGUCAAGAAGUUUAAAGAAGUCAAUCCAAACAUUGAUGUCAUGAUUGGUGAGACGGGUUGGCCAUCACAGGGAAUCAGCUUUAAUAAGUCACCAAAUAAUGUACAAAAUCUAAAAAACUAUUGGACACAAAUGGGUGAUUGGGCCGCAAGAAACAAGGUUUUGGUACACAUGUUUGAGGCCAUUGAUGAGCCCUGGAAGUCAAGUCAAACAUCUACUGAUAUGACUUCUCCGAGUGGACCCAAUGGUGGUGAAGGACAUUAUGGGUGGUGGCAACGUAUUGAUCAGGGAGGUGCUCCUAAAUAUACAGAAAAAUAAAUUGAAUUAUUUUUAUUUCAAGUAUUAAAUAAUGAACUUACAAUACAAUAAUAGUUUUUUAUAAAUAAAUUUUAAUAACUUGUUUAUUAUGCAAUCUAUAGUAUUAUAGUAAAUAUACAAUAU